ACGGAUGAUAAGGAAGAAGGAGAAAGUAUACCGUGGCUUUGAGGUGUCCUUCUCCCCGCCGUCCAUGACGCCUACCGAGGACGGAAGCAGCGGCUGGGAGGUGGGUAGGGGGAAUGGCUACGGCGGCUAUGGCCACGGCUGCCGGGGCUGCAGUUCUUCUGUAUUAUUAUUCUGUGAGGGGGGCCUCAGGACCUUGGCCGUAUCGGAUGGCGGCGACAAUGCCCGAUGAUGAAACUCUGGGGGGGGAUUGCCCCUCUCCCUCUACCUCUCCCUCUCCCCCCCCCUCUGAUUCGGAUGGAAGGGUGAUUAAGCGGAGAGUCGUGGCGGCGGGGGGUCGUGAUUCUUCUGUCCUCUCUCCCGGUAGUCGCUCGAAUUCGCGCAAUUCUGGGGGCAUUCCGAAGCCCGCUCUCCCGCCGUCCACUCUCUGGGAGUCUCUAUCUACACUCGCAGAAAUACUGAGGUUCACUUACAGCGAGACGCUCGGGAAAUGGCCAAUUGCAGAUCUCGUGAUCGGUAUAAACUACCUCCAGCGAAGACAGGGAAACUGCGAAGUGGUAGCUGCGUUUGCAGGGGAGGAGAGUGUCCACUUGGAGGGACCGGAAGCCGUGGCCGAGUUGAAGGAGUUGUCGCGGUUGUUGGAUGUGUGUCUGCAUUUUUCGAAAAAACCAUUUUUGCAGUUCCUUGAGGCAACGGGAUUCUCAACCGAUCAAGUCCUUCAGAAGGAGGGAAGGGCAGGGCUUUUGAGACCUGCUUUUGUAGUGUUGAUGGACAAGGAGAGGGAAGCUGUUUUGCUUGUGAUUCGAGGCACACACUCAGUGAAGGACACUCUUACUGCAGUGACUGGUUCAGUUGUUCCAUUCCAUCACACUGUAAGGGAUGAGGUUGGUGUUCGUGAGAUCAAGAUAGGGUAUGCUCAUUGUGGCAUGGUGGCGGCAGCACGGUGGAUUGCCAGAUUGGCAUCACCAGUUCUCUUGGAUGUGCUUCAGAGGCAACCAUCUUACAGGAUUCAGGUGGUUGGGCAUUCUCUAGGUGGUGGGACUGCAGCUUUGCUGACCUACAUUCUUCGAGAGAAGGCUGGCCUUACUCACACUCGCUGUGUCGCAUUUGCCCCAGCUGCGUGCAUGACAUGGGACCUUGCAGAAUCAGGGGAGCCUUUUGUGACAUCUGUGAUCAAUGGAUGCGAUCUGGUACCAACGUUUUCAGCAGCUUCGGCUGAUGAUUUGAGAGCAGAGGUAACAGCAUCAGCCUGGGUCAAUGAUCUGAGGGAGCAGCUGGAGAAAUUAAGGAUCACGAGAAUGGUAAUGAGUGGAGCUGCUGCUCUUCGUGGCCAACUGUCGAAUCUUGGUCGUGCAUCCAAAGGGUGGUAUGAGCGUUCGGAAGUGGGUCGGGUUGCAAGGACAGGGGUCGCAGGAGCUGGUGCACUUCUUAAGCCAGUUUCAAGCAGGACACAGGCGGUGGCACUCAAGGCGAGAACAAUGGCCCGCGCUGUACCCCUCCUUGCACUUUCCUGCAUUCCGCCAAGGAGGCGUAGCUCGCCAUCGUCUUCAACUGUCGCUGAAGACUCGUCAACUUCAUCAACUGGCGGUAUGUCGAAGGAGGUCGAGGAGGUUACGGAGCCGCUUGCAUCACCAGGUUGUGCCUCGAGGGGCACCACUUCGAAUGAGCAUGCAUUGUUAACAGCUGCUGAAGUAGAGCAAUUCGCAUCUGGCAACAGGGACAACCUGGUGCCAGAGAUCCCGGGGGCUGCUGCUGCCACGAAGGCAAGCGGGGACGGGGUCCAGAAGCUGGCCACUGAAUCGCCGACUCUUGUUACCGGCGAAGUGAUGGAGGAAGGUGUAUUGUCCACAGAGUUUGAAAGAAAUGAGGAUGAAAUCCGAAUGGUCGAGGAGAUGGUGCUUGCAGGGGAACGCGAAGUAGGAGAUAGGAGGGCGGGGGAGUGCUGUGAAUCUGGAGUUGAUGUGCUGCCGACCUACGUGUGGAAAGAAUUGCAGGCAGAAUUGGAAAUGCGGGGAGAAAGCUCCGUCCGCUCCCCCGAGGAAAUGGAGAUGGUGCGGGAAAUGGCUCAAGCAGAGGCUGAAAUCGCAGAUGAAGGGUCUUCAGGGCCACCCAUCUCCACCAGGGAUGUUGCAGAUUGCUCUUCAACGUCCGACUGGCGUAGCAAUGACCGGCGGUUCUUCCCUCCUGGUCGAAUCCUUCACUUGGUAUGCAUGGACGUGGCGUGUGAUCUGAAGGAUGCGCCUCCAAAAUCCCCACCGGGACCAGUGCAGGACAAUGCCACAGAACCAUCAGAGGUGACUGACCCCGAACCACCAUCUCAGCCCUCCGUUGAGAGACUGUUUGGGUGUUAUGUGACACCGCGGGAAUUAUACGGGAGGAUAAGACUGUCCAGGACGAUGGUACGUGAGCAUUAUAUGCCCAUGUACAAGCAAUCCAUAGAAGAUGUUAUAUCUGUGUUGCAGCGAGAGCUGGAAAAAGUUGGUAGGUCCAUGGAGGUCGAGACAGGUGAGACCGCUGUCCGUCUUGAGAGGAGCUUAGUUUAAAGUCUUUUUUUAACUGAAUUUGUUUUGCCCGUCUGCUUUUCACAGAUGUUUGGUGGCUCCAUGACCUGACAAUGCUGCUGGAUGGUGUUGGUGCAAUGCUGGUCAAGUCUUCCUGCACACAAUUUGUGCAGCAUCCAUCCAUUCGAUACGGGGAUGUAAACUGCGCAACCGUGGCUGCGGAGGUUUGUCCUUGUAUGAAGGAGCCUGAAAGUAAGUAAUUGUGCUGCAUGCUGGGAAGGUGUGCUCCGUUUACAUAACGAAAUUCACUUGAUUGAGCAUUUUCAAGCAACCAGUGUGCAUGUGUGUCUGCAGGAGGCUGGGAGGUGUUUGUGCUGCAUGCUGGAAAGGUGUUGUGCUCUUACUCAGGCGGAAUGAGCGGGAUAAUGAUUGUCCAGUCCCGUCAAUUUGAGGAAACUGGCUUGUGAGCCUUUUCAAAGGACCCAGUGUACAUGUGUUUCGCAUGUACUUGGAUCCAGCAGCCAGUUGAAGAGCACAUUGUGGCCACUGGCUUUUCAUUAAGGGAAGGUAUGUCUUGAGUCUCUUCUAGUUGUGUGCUUGUCCUGAUGAUAUCGAUUUUGCACUGACCAAACAGGCGACAGGGUGAAGUUACAGAGCAUCGUGUGUGGCACAUGAACCCCUCUGUGCCUGCUGCCAUGGUCAACGGUGUGAGGUGUGCUGUUUUCAUGACCCACCAGUUACUCUGUGCCUCGACUUCUGCCAAGGAUUGGUUACCUGCUUCAGUUGCUGGCAGUUGAUGGUGCUGUGUCCCCGUCGCCUUUCCUUGGCCCAUGCAGGGGUCACCGAGUCCCCAGCUUAGUUCACGCUGCACAGGCGAGUGUUUGACUGCUUUGGCCAUUCUCCUCUUGCGUAUUUAUGACCUGUCAGAGGGAGGGGUCUAGGAGUGAGGAAGCAUCUUUUCGAAGUGAUGCGACAUGAUAGUGUUUGACGGAACUGUGUACUGCUCACAGCAUGCACAUAUAUACAAAUGGUCUUUCCAAGUAAGUGCGCGAGAUGGCAUUUUUAGCGACCAUCAGGGGACUGUUUGUCAGCAGAACUCUAGGCCGGUGUGUGUUCUGGUUGCGUUGCUGUUGGUAUCUCUGUGACAACCUUUGGGUGAAGAAGAGAGGCCAAAAAAUGGACGGGGAAGCACUCGCACCUGGCAUUCAUGUACAGAUUCUUCCGGUGGAUAGAGUGAGGCAAGUGGUAUCACGUUGCCUCAGUUGUAUAGGACAGGGCACUCUGAGCAGCAGUGUAAAAGUAUGUGCGGUUUAGGGACCGUGUCCUUUCUGGGGUCUCUUUGCAAUUAUGUAAAUGAGCUUUCUGGUAUUGGGCCUGCUCCAUCGGAAAUUAUGCAACGGCGGUGUACCAUGUUCUCUGUUGCAGGGGAGUGUUCCUGUGACUUGGGGGUAGAUAGGAGGUUGUCUCUGAGCAAUCGUGGUAGAAGUGCUGUAGUGAUCGUAAGAAUCACCCACCAUUUGUGGAGAUGUGCGGGCGGGUCUUCUGUUUCUCGCUUGCAUGUUCCGGUACUGUUUGUCUUGUGGAUUUAAGUGGUCUCAUAAAGAGCGAAAGUCCAAAAGUUUGUUCGCUGGGUUCUGCUUGCAUCAGGUUUUUCGUACCGAGUUUCUGUUGGCUGUAAACCUGGCAGCAAUUGCUCAGUCUGUCUUCUGAAGCCUACAGCUUGUGAUCGGAGGUGAGUUGAUACUCGAUUGCAAGGCACGGAAGCUUUCAGCAGUCGCAACAGUGACGAGGAGGUGGCUGGGGUAGAUGUAGAGUGGAAGGUCCAGGUGCUCUCAGGUUUGGGUAGAUGUUGCGGAGGAGGUUCAUGUCUCGCUGGGUGCUAUGGUAGAAUUAUCCGGUCCCUUUGUUUCAAUACCAGGAAGGAACACGGUAUUGUACCUUGCUGUGUGGCACGUGUGCUUGGGAACUCUUCCCGGUUCGUGGAUUGAGCGAACUCCUCCCUCGUUGGAUGCAGCGAACUGAUCCGAGUGGUACAAAGCCCAGUGUGCGUCUUGCGGUACAUAAGCCCAGUGUGCAUCUUGCGGUACAUAUGCGCUCCCGAUGUACAUGGUCUUUUUGUCCCAAAGACUCCAAACAUCGGCAUGCUCUGAAGAGUAGUCGUCAGUAGAAAAUGUUGGGAGAAGUAUUUCCUCUGUCGGGUAGUCUUCCAUCGUGUAGUUGUGCUGCUAGUUUUUUGUUCUCCAGGUUGAAGGUCCGAUAGUCUCUACCCAUCAAAAGCACGUUGCGCCUUUCCAGGAGUCGUGUUACCUCUUGAUAGUCUCGUAGCAAUAUAUUAAGCAUUUAGGAUCUGCAAGAAGACCUAUUAGAUCCGUAUAUCUGCCCGAGAGUUGUGUCCUUCUCUUCCUUAUCUCUGCGUAUGUUUCCAUCCAUCCGUGUUGUCUGCGCGUGUUUGAGAGAGAAACAGAGUGUGCGCGUGUGUGUGUGUGUGUGUGUGUGUGUGUGUGUGUGUGUGUGUGUGUGUGUGUGUGUGUGUGUGAGAGAGAGAGAGAGAGAGAGAGGGAGAGGGUGAGGUGUUGUGUGUUUGUGUUAGCUCUGUAUAAAAUUUUGAACUCCCUGAUUUUUUUUUUUCUUUCUUUCCCGUCCACCUUCAGACACUGUAAGAAUCCAUUCGCUUUUUUUUUUUUACCUGUCCUACUCAUAUCUGAAUGUUGUGUGCUUUGGGUGAUACGUGGACUCGGCUAUUAGAAACGGUGUUUUAGGUGGUUGGGAAUGGGAAUGGGAAUGGGAAUGCUAUGAACGUCUCAGUCGCUUUUGCAAUCCUGACAAGUUGACAACGAUGGUCUGUGUGAGAUGCAUGGGGAUUUUCAAUGUCCUUGGUCUUCCUGCGCUUCCCUUUGUUACACUGGCCUUCUCUUUGAGCUGAAAAAUGGCUCUACCGGAACACUGUUUUUUUUUCUUUUUUCUAGGUCUUCUCUUUCCCUUGUUAAAGCAGCCUCUUCUUUCCUCAGAAGAGGGGCCGUCCCAACACAACAAUGCAUCUGUAUUUUAAUACAUGAGUAAUGACCACGUUUACGCCAGACGUG